CAAAAAUUUGUUAAUUGAAAAAAAAUGCCCCCGCUGAGGAUAAGAUGAUUUUUCUUAAGUUUUAACGGGAAGCAGAUUCCAAACAAGCCAUGCUCAUGAUUUUCUCCACAUCUGCUCUCCCUUCUCCAUAUUUUCCCUCAGGUAGAGCCCUUCCAACACCUACCAGUUUAGGAGCUUUAUGUGCUCAAAAGAUGCAAAUGGUUUGUAAUUGUAGCUGCCCAAAUCAUGACUUGAAAUAUGACAGUUCGAGGUUACGAAAUGGAUAUAUAUUGCAUUGUGGUGAGAACUUAAGGCGGAGGUUCUUUCUCUCCUUUUUGGUUUCAUCAAGCUUGUUUCCAACUUUAUUUUCUUCUGCAAAGACAAAGAGUAAAAACCCCUAUGAUGAAAGACGGCUGCUAGAACAGAAUAGACGAAUUCAGAAGGAGAACAAUGCUCCUGACGACUUUCCAAAUUUUGUUAGAGAAGGUUUUGAAGUGAAGGUAGUAACAUCAGAAAAUUAUAUAAAGCGUGAUUCUGGGCUUAUUUAUUGGGAUAUAGAAGUUGGCGAUGGUGAUUGCCCAAAAGAUGGUCAGCAGGUUACUUUCCACUAUGUGGGAUAUAAUGAGUCAGGCCGGCGCAUUGACAGCACCUACUUACAGGGAUCUCCUGCCAAAAUCCGCAUGGGUACUAAUGCAUUAGUUCCAGGAUUUGAAGAAGGAAUACAAGACAUGAGACCCGGUGGGAAAAGAAGAAUAAUCAUUCCUCCUGAGCUGGGACCACCUGUAGGACCUUCCACAUUUUUCAGCUCAAAACAGUUUGAAGUUUUUGAUGUGGAAUUGCUUAGCGUGCAGAACUGUCAAAGAAGAACAAUAGCUUUUUAUUCUGAUGUUGUGUGUAAUUGAAGAGCUAAAGCUACUCUUCUUGUGCUCAAAGAAGCACAAUAGCUUUUUAUUCUGAUAUUGUGUGUAAUUAAAGAGAUAAAGCUACUCUUCUUGUGCUUCGAAAUGGAUCAUGGUGUUAAUGCCUUACAUGAAGAGAACAUGAGUUUUGUAGUUUGUGCUACUUGUCAAGUCACCAUGAAACAUGGUUGAAGAUUCUUGUUUUAAUGGAAAAUAGUUACAAAA